AUGUCUAUUAAACUCUUCUGUAUAGUGAAAGGAACAAAUACACCUUUUCCAGUUGAUAUCGAUAGUGAGAAAACUGUCGGCGACCUUAAGGACGCAAUAAAGGUGAAGAAGGCACCAGAAUUUGAUAGUUUCGCCGCCGAUAGACUCAGACUUUGGAAAGUAGAAAUCCAGGACGAUCGUGAUGAUUUGUUAGCAGAUCUUGCACUUCAGGACACUCUCGAACUCCUAGCUACGAAAAAAAUUAUCAAAUACUUCGCUGAACAACCUGCUGAUGAGUCUAUCCACGUAAUCGUUGAGGUCCCUGCUGUACGAACCACUUCUGGGAAAAUAAAUAUCAGGGAUGCUUUUCCUGAAGGCUUGCCAUACAUGAAACCAGAACCUUUACUCUACACUUCUGGUGCAAAUUGGGAAUACCAACCUCACCCGUCUUUGAAGCACAUUUUGCGAAGGGAGCUUAAAAAUCAUUACACAAAUUUUCUUUCAGGACGUUUUGACAAAAUGAUGAUUCCAUUAUACCUCUUCCUUUCUGGAGCUGGCAUCGGAAAAUCUCGAAACGCUAAUGAAUUUCACCAGACAGCAAUUACUUGUUUGUCAGAGCCAGAAGAUACUGAGCUGUUGACUAAGAUCAAAGAAGCUUGGGUAUUCCAUGUCAGCUAUGAAAAUGGCACCACCUUACGAUCAGAAGAAUCCUCCCCUUAUCUUGCCGUUGGUACUCGAAUGCUACUUCAACUUCUUAGAGAGAAAAUGGGGCUUUAUAAAAUUAUCCAAACAUACGAGCCAGUAGAUCCGGAGGAUGUUAUGACAUUGGUUGCCAAAUACCAUAACCGAGACUUAAAAGACAUUACGGCUAUUUUGGUUGUUGACGGCAUGCAACAACUUAUGGACAACAAAGAUGAUGGUUUCAAGUCAGAUUCUCGUUUUUACCAGACUCUGUCAAGUAUUGCAGACUUUGCAUUUAAGGGCAUUUUCUUGAUACCCGUUUGUACUUCAACAAUAACUGGCCCUGUUGAUGGUACAUUGAAAUACUCGCAUCGCAAACGUGUAUAUCUACCCGUCGCUUCUCUGGAACCGCCAAACUAUCGCCAAGACCAAAGCUUGGUUCCCGUCUUUGGAAAUGAUGAGAUUACUAAGACUCUUGUGGAAGACU